AAACGUCAAAAAAUUUAAAGCUCUUUCAGUAUUGCCAAUAGUUGCACUUGUCACAUUCCUAACCAUAAAAUAAUUUCGUUUAUAAGCCUAAAACUCAUUUUUCUUUCAUUUCCUUUAAACAAUUUCCAUUUUCCGACUGAAGAAACUUUCCAUUUAGUAAAUUUCCACCAUCUCAAAUUUCCAAGCACAUUUUCACGUCGGUUUUAAUUUCCAUUUUUCAAAUAUGGCGGACCAAGAAUGUUGUAAGGAUAUUCAGUUAUUAAAAAGGACAAGAAUUUCAGUUUUUGUCGAUGAAGCCUUACCAGACAUUUUAGUAGUAACGUACGAAUUCGGCGUGAAAAUAUUUAAAGGGGUCCUCCUCGAUUCCACCAAGAGAAACCUUCCAUGUGGCGUCCCUAAUCUGAACCCCGCAUUUAAAGUGUCAGUAAAACCAAAACUCGACGAUGACAGUCUCUAUUCAGUCAACCAAAGAUUCGCCUACACAGAGCCCAGCACUGCGAAGAAAAAAAACGUUCAAAUCCCGAGUAAAUACAAGAAUAAUAAAAUGACAGUACGACUGCGUCCCCGUCAAGUUCUUUGUUCAAAAUGCAAAGGAAUUUGCAACGAAAACUCGGAAAACGUGUCGCGGAAACGCAAACCGGCCGAGAGUGUCCUGUCUCCGCCCGUCAAACGGGGCCUCAACGCCCCCAUCACACGUUCAGUUUCAAUUCACUCCGAACUUAACAAGAAAAAACUGGGCGAAGCCACUUUAGUCCCGAAACUCACACGAUUGACCCCCCAGGAGGAGAAAGACGCCAUGAAUGGAAAAAUUGUCACGUUUAAAAAGCCCCUCACUGCAGUUUCGGAAAACACCCAGAAGCACUCCUCUGACUCGGACUCGGACGAGAGUGACACCAGCCGAAGAAUCCUCCGGAAGAAACGCAGCGUAGGGUCCAUGGAAGACCUCUGGGAUGAAAGUGUUUUCGAGGAGAACGCCAAUAAGAACAAUAAUGUGAACACGCGCACGAUUAAAAUCUCGUACGGACCCCAGGGUGAAGGCACAGUGCUGAAAAUCCCCGCACAGAUUGAGAACCUCAAAGAGGAGGAAAUUGAGGAGAAAAGUGAUGAUAAAGCGGCGCGAAAAGCACUCAAAAAGGCCAAGAAGGAGGCGAAGAGAAAGGUGGUGUUCACAUUGGGGGGCUCCUCGCCGAGGUACACCGUUGGGAGUGCGUCCCCGAGGCAUGGAUUAGGGAACAACAGCCCCAGGUAUAUGUGUCCGGAUUUGAGCAUACCGAGGAGGAGGAAGCACAAAAUGAAGCAUAAAAAGAAGCAUAAAGAGGAUCGGAAACACAGGGAGGGUGAGGUAAGUUCGACUCAAGAGGACCCAAAAGAGCAAUGCAUCACCCAAAAACUGUCAAUUAACUUAAAACGACUUAACAACACGUAUGCAUCUUAUCCCGCCGCUCCCUCAGAUAAAACUCCUGAAGAAAACACGUCCAGUUCCGACGAACACAGCGAACAAGUUCCAGACUUCCCUCCACCGACGCCUCCCAUAAUGUUGCGCAUUAAUUCGCAAACGUUAUCGAGUGCACCGACGGCAGACGGAGGCCGUAUGUUGGUCGGCGACGUCGUAUGGGGCAAAAUCCACGGAUUCCCCUGGUGGCCAGGCAAAGUGUUAACCAUCACGAACUGCGGAGGCCAAGGGCCCCAAGCGCACGUCGCGUGGUACGGUUCCUCUACGUCGUCACUGAUGCAGUGCGACCAGUUAAGUCCAUAUUUAGAAAAUUUUAAGAUACGUUAUAAUAAGAAAAAAAGGGGGCCAUACAAAGAAGCCAUCAAGCAGGCGACGCAAGAAGCGAAGGAAAACGCUGAAAUAAAAAUGCGUCAACCACUAGGAAAUUCACCUUCGCACAAUAUCAUUCAACAGGUGGUGCCACCUGCUUUAGCGUCGCCUAGGGAAAUCGAUGUUGUAUCAUAAUGAAGCAUUUUUCUCAUUUGGUGGAACAUACAGGAGUUGUAGCGUUUAAUUCUUCCAUUGACAAUGAACAAUACAAGAUUUAAAUGACUCACCCUGUAUACUAAACUAAUGACUCUUAAAUGUGUUGAUAGCUACUACUGCGCAUUGAUGUAUUCUUUUUUAUAAAGUACUUUAUAUUUAUACAAAAAUAUUUGUAUGCAGGCGUAACAUCUUUUUUUCCUGAUAUUGUAUCAUCUCUUGUAAAGAAUAUUUUUUGUGAUAACUUUGGAUGAUUGUUUUCAUAUUGAAGUGUUUUAUUCAAGAUUUUUAUAGGGUUAAGUCAUAGUUACUACUAUCUGUUAAACAAUAAUCAAUAUAUCUGUGAUUUUAUUCCUUUAGAAACAUGUAAGUAGUAAAAUUAAAUUAAUAAAGUCAUUUGGUACUAUA